AUGGCCCAUAUCAUGAGUAAGUCGGUCAAUCCAGAUAUCUCUCGCCAACCAUUUGGGACUCCAGGUCUAGCUCCUCCUUCCACGCCUAGCAAGAUACCCCUUCCUCCGACUCCGACUUCACCUAUCAGUCUAAAGGGUCAGCUCAUUGGUACUCCGAUUGAGUCUCAGGAACGAUCCGGCCUCAAGACCUCUACAACUGCAUCGUCCCUAGCCGGUAUUAGCUCACAGGCUACCGCUGGCACUACGAGUGGUUUCAGCCUCCCGUCCCAAUCAAAUGGCUUCCCAAGCCUCGUCUUCCCACCGACGACUCAGCAAGCUUACCACACACGAAACCUCCUCCUUCAUAUCUACAGUAUGUUCAACGGAGCUCAAGCUGCAAUCCACCAACUUGGUGCCAAUUGCGAGUUCAACCAGAACCUUAUCACGUUCUUGUCCGGACAGCUCGUCGAAAAAGACCGCAAGAUUCAGACCUUGACGGCAUCCGUUAACAUGCUCCAAACAGCGGUCCAGAGAGCUAUGAAGAAUAACGAAGAGCUCAAAAAAAACGAGGAAGGGCUCCAAGAGGAGAUUAAGGCUCUCCAAUCAAAUAAUGGGAGCGACGCUGGAAAUAUGAGCAAGGAACAGGAAGCUGAACUGACCGCGAGAAUCGAGAAACUUUCCCGUGCACUCGAUAUCCAGGCUCAAGAGAAAGUUAAAAUGUCCAGUGAGCAUAGUAAGAAACUUGGAGGACUCGAGAAAGAGGUCGACGAUCUUAAAGAAACCAUUGAGAUCCUUGAGGAGUCAUUGCGAUACGCCGUUUCCCUCCGUUUCGACGAAAUGGCUUUCGAUGAGACCGAGGAAGUGAUCAACAAUGAGAAUGAGCACCUCCGUAACGAUGAAGACCGAGCCGAGAAGAUGAUGAAUGGACGACUGGAGGACGCCUCGGCCGGGUCUGACGACAGCCUAAUUGACGAAGUCAAUGGUGUCACUCAUGCAAACGGCGAGCACAUUAUUUUCACUGAUGGUGCUUCUAACGGCGGUUACCUUUCGUUGGGCCCUGGCGGUCGACCAAUCUACCUCGACAGUAUCAUGGAAGAGCCCGAGGAAGAAGCUAGGGAGGAGAGUAUGGCGAUGACCAUUGCUAAGUUCCCCAUCCCACCAUGCAGCCCCCCAUCAGGAGUCCCUCAGGCACCGGGACCUGCCAUCGAUUGCAAUGCCCCAAUUAAUGUCACGACAUCACGAGGUGUGACGAAGCUAAGAGCCACUGCAAAACCGUUUGUCAAUGAAAUGGAGUAUCACUACGUUAAUGACGAGAAUAUGAAGGCCUCCAGUGACGAGGCUGACGGACCUGCAAUGUUCUUGUAG